GUGGUUAGCAAAGUUGUCAAAAGUUCUGUGAAAAUAAUUCGUGCAGUUUGCAUUCAGCUGAGUAAAAUUAGUAUUUCCACGGGAAAAUCAAUGAAAAACUAAGAGGCAUGAAAAUUGCAGUUUUACUGCUCGUGGUCACUGUGGUGGCUGGCAGAGCAUGGGCCCAGGCCGAUGGGGACUUUGAGGACAAUGAUUUUGCUGAAUUUGAGGAUUUUGAUGAUGAUUUUGUGGCUGUGACUCCGGGAGCCCCUGCAGGGGCUGCUGGGGGACAGAAGAAGGAGGAAGCAGUGGAAAAUGGUGAUUUUAAGGAGAUAGAUGUUGAUGAUGGAGAAGAUGAAGCUGUAGUGGAGGAUGAAGAUAGUGAAUUUGAGCAUUUUCACGAUGAGGAGGAAUUUGAGGGAUUUGCUGGCCAGGCUGGUGAUCAGGGUGCAGAAGGUGGAGCUCCGCUUGAGCAGCAAAAGGGAGAACCUAAGCUGACAAUGGCCAAAGUACCAAUGCACUUCCGUACUCACUGGGAUUCCUACUGGAUGGAGAUGAUCAUGAUUGCUGGGCUUUUUGCCUACUUUGCCAAUUUCUUCAUGGGCAAGAGUAAGAACACCAAAUUGGCCAAUCUCUGGCUCUCAACACAUCGUAGUUUGUUGGAGGAGAAUUUUGUCCUAGUGGGAGAUGAUGGGAAGCUGGAAAAUGAAUCCCAUGGCCUGGUGAAAGAGAGUGAGAGCACUUUUACGCUCUGGUGCAGCGGCAGGACGUGCUGCGAGGGAAUGCUGGUAGAACUGAAGAUGAUCAAGAGGCAGGAUCUUGUGGCAAUAAUUGCCGGCUUGAUUCGACCAAGUUUGGAUCAGGUUCACAUGAAAAUUGAGAUGAGCAGGGAUGUAAUGGAUACAUUUGUCUUCUGUGUGGGCACCAAGAAGACCGUCACGAAGAUGUUCAAGGAGCAAUCUGACCUCAGUAAAUUCUGCACUCUAGUCAACAAGUCCGAGGAGAAGUACAAAGUCCCAAUGGGCUUCUCUGUCCUCUCUGAAAUCCCCGAGGCAUCUCAGGGUGUCCUGGAUUCUCGAAUGGUGGCUGCUCUCAAUAAAUACGCUCCCCUCAUUGAGUACAUCCAUAUCUCUGACCAGUUCUGUGGCAUUGUUCAGCAAGAGGAUCCCAAUAACCUCAAGCAGCCGGAAGUUAAGCGUAUGCUCAUGGCUGGCUUCAAUCUUCCCCAAAACAUUGACAUGGAGACCACCAAGCCCCUCCUCAUCCUCAUCUUCUACCUCAUGGAGCGCCUAAAGCGCUUCCGGCUGUCGAAGGAGGCCAAAUCCAAGGCUGAUAAGAACAGGGCACGCGUCGAGGAGCAAUUCCUGAAGAACACUCAUGCUGCCAGGGCAGAAGCAGCUGCCCAGCGCAGGGAGGAGAAGCGCAAACAGGAAAAAGAGCGCGUAAUGGCGGAGGAUGAUCCGGAGAAACAGAGGCGCUGGGAGAAGAAGGAACAGAAGAGGCAGGCCAAGAAGAAGGCGCCCAAGAUGAAGCAACUAUCCAUCAAGGCACUUUAAAAAUCAUUUUUUUCUCCGAAUAAAAAAUGCAAUUCGAACAA